UUCAGGAGGAGGCCCUUUUUGAGCAGAGUCCAUGGAAGAGGUAUUUUAUGGAUGGGCUUAGGUCAUGAACAAGGAUUUGGAGCCCCCUGUUUAAAAUGCAAAGAAAAAUGUGAAGGAUUUGAACUGCAUUUCUGGAGAAAAAUAUGCCGUAACUGCAAGUGUGGUCAAGAAGAGCAUGAUGUCCUCUUGAGCAAUGAAGAGGACCGAAAAGUGGGGAAGCUCUUUGAAGACACUAAGUAUACUACCCUGAUUGCAAAGCUAAAAUCCGAUGGGAUCCCCAUGUAUAAACGCAAUGUUAUGAUAUUGACCAAUCCAGUUGCUGCCAAGAAGAAUGUCUCCAUCAACACAGUUACCUAUGAAUGGGCUCCUCCUGUCCAGAAUCAGGCACUGGCCAGGCAGUACAUGCAGAUGCUCCCCAAGGAGAAACAGCCCGUGGCAGGCUCAGAAGGGGCACAGUACCGGAAGAAGCAGCUGGCCAAGCAGCUUCCCGCUCACGAUCAAGACCCUUCAAAGUGUCAUGAGUUAACGCCCAGAGAGGUGAAGGAGAUGGAGCAGUUUGUGAAGAAAUAUAAGAGCGAGGCUCUGGGGGUAGGAGAUGUCAAACUUCCCCAGGAGAUGGACAGUCAAGACCUCAACAGAAUACAUGUCCCAGGGGGAGACAGAAGCACCACAGCAGCAGUGGGGGCCAUGGAGGACAAAUCUGCCGAGCACAGAACUCAAUAUUCCUGCUAUUGCUGCAAACUGAGUAUGAAGGAGGGCGACCCAGCCGUCUACGCGGAGAGGGCUGGCUAUGAUAAGCUGUGGCACCCAGCUUGCUUUGUCUGCAGUGCCUGCAGUGAGCUCCUGGUUGACAUGAUCUAUUUCUGGAAGAAUGGGAAGCUGUACUGUGGCAGACAUUACUGUGAUAGUGAGAAACCCCGCUGUGCCGGCUGUGAUGAGCUCAUAUUCAGCAAUGAAUAUACCCAGGCCGAAAACCAGAAUUGGCAUCUGAAACACUUCUGCUGCUUUGAUUGUGACAACAUCCUAGCUGGGGAAAUAUACGUGAUGGUCAAUGACAAGCCCGUGUGCAAGCCCUGCUAUGUGAAGAAUCAUGCCGUGGUGUGCCAAGGAUGCCACAAUGCCAUUGACCCGGAGGUGCAGCGGGUGACCUACAACAGUUUCAGCUGGCACGCCUCCGCGGAGUGCUUCCUGUGCUCCUGCUGCAGCAGGUGUCUCAUCGGGCAGAAGUUCAUGCCGGUGGAAGGCAUGGUUUUCUGUUCCGUCGAGUGCAAAAAGCUGAUGUCCUAGGGGACACGCAGCAAUACUGAGUCAUAGUUAUUCCAAGUGUUCUGUGUUUCUAUCUACUACAGAGCGCAAUUUUAAAAAAAAAAAGGAAAAAAAAAAAA